AUGCGGGAUCGUGUGCGCGAAUUGGAGUAUGGUUUGUCCUUGCGAGACGCCCUUUUUCCAGCUCCUGAAAUCCCCGGUCACUUGCAGUAUUUGGCUCCGGACGCGUGGGCUAAGGUGGCUGAGGUGAAGGCCGCACUGACAGAGGUGGAAAUCCUCAUUGGUGCUGCGGCCCACUGUAUCUACUCUGUGACGGGGCCGUCUCGACCGCCCACCUUCUCUGAUCGCGACUUUGCAGUUGAGAUGGCCUCUUUCGCCCGGUUCUACUCAUCCUUCAAGGCAAGUGAAUGGAUGCCUGCCGAAGGAUUCAGUUGCCCAUAA